CGCCACUCAUUAAUCUCCAGCUCAGACUGGGAUCGGUGGACAAGGAUCCACACAAACAACCACGGUGCCAGCCAAAUCGGUAGCCGAAUUAUACCUGGAUCCGUCACGCCCGCUCAAAUUUGAUUACGAUGGACUUGUUUUUUAGGAAGCGAUUGCUUACGUUCAUAGCUAUAUGUUUUUUAUCUUGCAGUUUUGCGGAAUAGCUACAACAAACUUGGGUUCCAUAAUAAUAAUGAUUGUCUUGAUAAGAACUCUGGACUGAAGAGUAAGUGUACACCAUCAAUAGAUUUGUUUGAAUAUAUCAUGGAGCAUAAUUUUCAAAGAUGUGGAGCCUGGAGAUUGUACCUCAGUGGCGACAGUUUGACAGGGUCCUUUCUGGCUGCUUGGGCCACUUUAUAGCAUAACAAGGCUUAAUAGAAAUUCUCCGAAGCCAAUUGGAGAGCUGAAUUUCCAACCAUGGUACGUUCAUAGAAAGCAACCGAAGGUACGUUCAAUGUACAAGUAGUAGUCCAGGUUACCAUAUGAUCUGGAGAAAACAUACCUGCUUUGCACCCGGAUGUACAUUUUUCCAAAAUGGCAAGUCUUAUUACUGAGCAGAACUGUUUUUCAGACGUAAGAAAGGUGGGCUAUUUAAGGAAACCUAAAAGCAUGCACAAGAGGUUUUUUGUCUUGCGCGCGGCUAGUGCUGCAGGACCCUCGAGGCUCGAGUACUACGAGAACGAGAAGAAAUGGAGACACAAGUCUGGAGUGCCCAAAAAGGUGAUUCCUCUUGAGACAUGCUUCAACAUCAACAAAAGGGCUGAUUCUAAAAACAAACACCUAGUUGCCCUUUACACCAAGGAGGAGUAUUUUUCCGUUGCUGCAGACAGUGAGCAGGAGCAAGAUUUAUGGUACCAAGCACUAGUGGAUCUACAUAAUAGAGGAAAGGUUCACAAUGUUGUAGCUGGCAGUAGGAUUGGGGAAGAGAGUUCUGGAGAACACAUGCCAGGACCAGCCUUUUCGGAAGUCUGGCAAGUUAUUUUAAAACCAAAAGGCCUUGGACAAACCAAAAAUUUGAUUGGGAUUUACAGAUUGUGCCUCACCAAAAAAAACAUCAGCUUUGUAAAAUUGAAUUCAGAUGCUGCAGCUGUUGUGCUCCAGCUAAUGAACAUACGUAGGUGUGGCCAUUCAGAGCAUUUCUUUUUCAUUGAAGUGGGGAGAUCAGCAGUCACCGGGCCUGGAGAGUUCUGGAUGCAGGUGGAUGACUCUGUAGUUGCUCAAAAUAUGCAUGAAACUAUUUUGGAGGCCAUGAAGGCAAUGAGUGAAGAGUUUCGUCCCAGGAGCAAAAGUCAGUCCUCCUCAAACUGCUCCAACCCUAUUACAGUGCCUUUGCGACGACAUCACCACAACAACCCGCCCCCUAGUCAGGUUGGGUUGGGCAGGAGGUCCAGGGCAGAGAGUGUCACCGCUACCUCGCCUGUAGGCCCGAAGCACAGCCAGUCUUUCAGAGUCAGAGCAUCGAGUGAUGGUGAGGGAACCAUGUCCAGACCCCUCUCUGUGGAAACAGGACCAGGAAGCCCCAGUCCCGCCAGGACCCAAGCUCUAAGACACCGAGGGGCAUCCCGGCUGCACCCUCCCCUGAAUCACAGCCGGUCUAUUCCCAGGUCUUCCCGGUGCUCCCCCUCCGCCAUCAGCCCUGUCAGCCUAUCCUCUAGCUGCACCAGUGGGCACGGCUCCACCUCCGACAGCCUCUACCCCCGCCGCUCCAGCGCCUCCAUGUCUGGCUCCCCGAGUGACGGAGGGUUCAUCUCCUCUGACGAGUACGGCUCGAGCCCCUACGACUUCACAAGCUCCUUCCGCAGUGUCACACCGGAUUUGCUAGGCUACACACCGCCCACGACGGAAGAAGAACUGAACAACUACAUCUGCAUGGACAAGCCGGCAGCGCUGCCCGAAGGGAGGUCUGGCUGCAGUCGUCCUUGUGGUGCAUCCCACUGUCUGGAGGAUGCAGAGCAGGAGAAGUGUUUCAGAAAGCGAACGCACUCCUCGGGGACCCCUCCUCCUCCGACACUUAACCAGCGAAACACCCCGUCUCAGUCAUCCACGGCUUCUGUCAAGGAGUACACGGAGAUGAUGCCUGCUAACUCCUGCAGCCACGGGUCGACUCACAGGGAGGCGUCCUUACCAGCCUCAGACUCGUGUGCAGACAAGGGCCUCAGCAACCUCACUAAGGGGAACGAUAAGGUGCCGAAAGACGACGGAUACAUGCCCAUGUCUCCCGGUGUGAGCGCUGCCUCCAGUAAAGGCACAGACUACAUGCCCAUGAGCCCUACAUGUGUGUCUGCACCCCAGCGCAUCAUCAACCCCCGCCAGCACCUCAGAAUUGACCCUAACGGCUACAUGAUGAUGUCACCCAGUGAUAGCUGUUCUCCAGAUAUAACUACCUUUGGUAAAAUCUGGGCCCCCGGGGAUCAUCUUAAACCCUCUGUGGACAGCAUAGACGAGAAGGUGUUAUCAUGUGGAGAUUAUAUGAACAUGUCCCCAGCCAGCGGCUCCACCACCAGCACACCGCCUGAUUGCUACUUUAACUCUGUCGAUGAGCCAAACAGGUCCAUGUACGCCUAUUUCUCUCUGCCUCGCUCCCUCAAAAAGGGUCACAGGGAGGCAGAAGCGAGCCCCCUGCACCUCUCUCUCAGCUCUGGACGCCUGGCCUUCGGCGACGACUCGUCAUCCACAAGUAGUGACAGUCUGGGCGGACUCGGGAACUCCCAGUUUGCAGCCAAUCCCAAGAGAGCUGAACGGAUAAGACUGGAUAGACCAGCACACCUCUCUCUGGAAGACAAGUCUAUCACUCUGUCCAGUGCCCAAGAUUGCCCCUUACCCUCAGAGCCCAAAAGCCCUGGGGAGUAUGUUAAUAUUGAAUUCAGUGACAAGGUGUUCUCAGAAAACACCCCGUCAGAGUACAUGAACAUACACCUGGGAGCCCAGGGCAGCACGCCCAGGACUGCAGACAAAUCUCCACUCAGCUCAGAUGAUUAUGCAAUACAGAGAGAAGAUUACGCCCCUCCUUCUCCAGUUCUGGUCUGUGAGAGCCUGCAAGGCCGGGGCUACAGCACUAUUAAUCCGGGGGCUUCCUGCACCGAGUGCUCUGACACACAGAGAAUACUAAACACCUCAGUGUCCAACGAUGAAGCCAGCUCAUCCUGUGUGUUGCCUGGUCCCGAACUAUCCUGGCUGGGGGCGGGUCCUUGCUCGGGGCAUGUAGGCCUUCUUGGCCCUUCGUCGGGGCUGAGCGCUUUUACCAGGGUAACGUCCAGCCCCAACUGGAACCAGGGAGCCAAAGUGAUCCGGGCAGACAAGCAGGGCCGGCGUCGUCAUAGUUCAGAGACCUUCUCCUCCAAGGGGAACAAGGGGACAGUCGGCUCGACCGCGACCAACACGCAGGAAGUGAAGCGUCACAGCUCUGCCUCGUUUGAAAACGUGUGGUUUAAGUUGGAGGAGUCACAAGUUGCCCACGGGAAGAGGGAGUCUUCACUAGGUGCCGGUGCCAAGAAUCAUAACAAGUUGAACUACAUGGACCUGGACCUGGACAGAGACCAGCCCCCUCCUUGGUGGGGUUGUAGCCAGACCAGGUGGCAGGAGCACCUUGGUAGAAGUGGGCCAGAGGACUUAAGCGCCUAUGCCAGCAUCAGCUUUAACAAAACUGAGGAGUAACAACUACAGAAAAGAAUAACGAUCCAGCUCUUCAGAUGGUUCCAGGCUGUAGAUCCUUCCACGCCUGAACGUAUCUUUCCACUGGGUGUUGCUGAUCGCACGUCACAACACGUAUCUAAUCUAUAGCCAUCACCACUCACAACCUCACAAACUGGACCUAGGUACAGCGGUGCUGCGCACGUCAGUACAUUACAUUUACAUUUAGUCAUUUAGCAGACGCUCUUAUCCAGAGCGACUUACAGUAAGUACAGGGACAUUCCCCCCGAUGCAAGUAGGGUGAAGUGCCUUGCCCAAGGACACAACGUCAUUUUGGACGGCCGGGGAAUCGAACCAGCAACCUUCUGAUUACUAGCCCGAUUCUCUAACCGCUCAGCCACUUGACUCCCUAGCAGUUGCCUGCAGCUCAAUGCCACGCCGCCUCCGCAGUCAACUUCCUCGAAGAAGAAGCGGCAGAACCAGGCGGCUGUCUGCCCAACCUCACCUCAGGACACAGAUCGCUGCCAUACAAAACCGCACUGGAAUCCCCCCCCCCCCCCCCCAGACCUUCCAGCCUUGUUCUCUUCCAUCUCCGCAUACAUUAGCUUUAGUCCAUUUUAGUUAUGGUAUUUGUAUCAGUUUGAAUACUGUUUCUCCUAUCCCUCUGGUCACGUCUGCCUUUUUUUUAGCUUUUUAUUGAAAAACAAGUUGGCGCAAGUCGGCUGCUACCAUGACAACAAAGGUGCUUUGCCUGGGACUCCAGUGCAUCCUUCAACGGAUGAGGUACUUGAUCUAGAACCUUACAAGUUCCAUGUUCCAGUGGGACUAGACCUCAGCAUGUCAAUGUUACAUCAGUAAGACACUCUCUGACAUAUCAGGGUCCUAUCUACAGAUUGGAUGACACAGCAAAGCUUUCGGUACUAAUCAUGAUACGAGACUGUAACUCUUUUAAUGUCAGUUUGACUUGUGUGUUUGACUGAAUGACUGCUAGUAAUAACCAUUUUGGGCUCCUUUUUGUGUUGCGUUGCUUUUCUUUAGACAUAUCAAACAAGAAACCUCAGGCUCUGCUCAGAAUUGUUGAAUAAUAACAAGGCCAGUCACUAGUACAUUACUCGGGGUACUGUAGAAUCACUAGACGAUCUAAGGCCAUCCCACCUGUCUCUCAGAUAGCGAUACACCUGGAGAGACUUGGAGGUCAGUUGAAGGCUGUGAUAACAUUAAAUUAAUUAAAUUAUUAUAAUAUUUUUCAGGAGAAAAAAAACGGUAACCGAUUCGCAAUUCAAGAUGUAUGAAAAAUAAUAAAUUAUACUUACUGCGGAAAACUUUUAUGAGCAACAUUUGUAUAACAUUUUAUUAACGUUUGCUAACAAAUUGCUAUAUUUAAGCUAUAAAAGUGCUUGCUUUAAAUUGUUUGUUUUUUUUUGCUUUAAGAGUUGAUGACAUUUAUGUUCCUGAUAUUUGUAUGUUGAUGAUGUAAUAGAAGCUUGCCUUGUCUUAUUACUUAGAGUUGGGUUGCUUUUGAGGUUUUUUUUAUUGGAGGAAUCAAAUUGAUUCAAGGUACUGCUUCCAUAGAGUGCAAAUUAAUUUCAUACACGCAUCACAGUGGGCCAGAUCCUGGGAACUUUGAACUCUUGAUUCUGUGUGCACGUCAUCUGUUAGUGGCAGUUGGGCCUGUGUGCCAUUUUAAUAGGCUCUGGCUGUUUCUGUCACCUAACAGGCUUAGCUGUGCUCAGACAUCAACCCUCUGUGCUACUUUCACAAGCAGAAUAGCUCCUUCUUACUGGGACGCAGUGCAGAAACACUGCUCUCACAAGCAGAGUAGCUCCUUCUUACUGGGAUGCAGUGCAGAAACACUGCUCUCACAAGCAGAGUAGCUCCUUCUUACUGGGACGCAGUGCAGAAACACUGCUCUCACAAGCAGAGUAGCUCCUUCUUACUGGGACGCAGUGCAGAAACACUGCUCUCACAAGCAGAGUAGCUCCUUCUUACUGGGACGCAGUGCAGAAACACUGCUCUCACAAGCAGAGUAGCUCCUUCUUACUGGGACGCAGUGCAGAAACACUGCUCUCACAAGCAGAGUAGCUCCUUCUUACUGGGAUGCAGUGCAGAAACACUGCUCUCACAAGCAGAGUAGCUCCUUCUUACUGGGACGCAGUGCAGAAACACCGCUCUCACAAGCAGUGUUUCCUUUUCACCCUGCUUCCCCUCAUCAUGGGAAUCACCUUACAGUACAUUUUAGAUGGUCUCACACGGGAUCAAGUAGCUGUAUUAAUUGACAUUGAAACAUUUCCACCAACCCGGUCAUUCACUGUAAAUAAUGUAUUGCAAAAAAAAAAUAUGGAUCAGUGAAAUGCAUGAAUGGAUGAGUUGAUAAACUGAAUGAUGGAUGAAUGGUGUGAAACAUCCACAUGGAUGACAAGUGACUGCAUGAAUAUUGGAUUAACUAUUGAAUGACCAGAUGAUGAUGAUGAUGAACAACUGAAUAGAUGUACAAAUAUGGGAAAGGUUGAAUGCAGGAGAUGGGGCUCUGCUUGUCCCUAACCUCUCUUUUAGUCUAAGAAAUUCAUUCAACUUUCUGGAACUUACUCUGUAGUAAAAUCUUUUUCGCA